AUGAUCUGGCAAAAGCAUCAAUUUUGGUCAACUGCUACACUACUGAGCACCAUGUUCUAUGCAGCUUAUGGUGAGUGAAAUCAAAUCUAAAAUGAAACAUUAUACUUAUUUUUUGUUUGUUUGAUUUUAAUGAAUAUGUAAAGGGGACAAUGCACUGUUUUUGUUAUGAUAAAUUUGCAAAAUGUAAAAUAGAGAAAUACAUUUUUAAUAAAGGCUAUACUCAUUGGCUUUAUAAAUGUGUAAGCUGAGCUAGAAGUUAAUAGUUAAUUAGCUAUUUUUGUUGUAUUAAGGAAAUGAUUAUUGUUUUACAUAUAUAUAUAUGUGUGUGUGUGUGUGUAAGCAUUGAAUAUGUAUAUUAAUAUAUGUGCUUUUCUUUCAUUUAAGCUUCAUCCAAUGUCUCCUCGAUUUGCAAUGAACCUGCUGAAGAAGGGAAAUCAACAACAAUAGUAUUAGCUUUGAAAGCGCAACAAGUGGAAUCGUGUGACAUCAUUGUUACAAACUCACUCCAUGGCCCUGUCGCACGUUGUUCUGCUAUUGGAAAUUGCAGUACCACCCAUCCAAAUCUUUACGAUGUUGCGUUAAAGAUUAUACCUGGACAGUGUUUUAUUGAGGUCACUGUCUUUAAUAUCACAAGAGCAGGGCUACGGCCUGACCAAACUGUAUAUUUUUCUGCCCGAACGACGAGACAAGCAGAAUUUGACAACUAUGUCUGCAGCCCAAAAAUAGUUUGUGAGUAGCUCAAAAUAAAAACAAAAUAAUUAAUGUCAGCUUAAAACAUGUUUUGUUUUUUUUUGUUUUUUUUCGUUUUCUUUUAAAUUAAAAAUAAUAAUUAGUAAAUAUAUUAUCAAAAAAAUUAUAAUAAUUAUAAUAAAUAAAAUCUGAUAACGAAAUAAGGCAUACAAUGUAAAAAAAAGGAACAUCAAAAUUGAUAGCAAAAUAACUUAAUGGCGACGUAAAUUAUCCUUUUUUUUUAUUUUUAGUGAUCGCCAAAAGUAUACAAUGCAGCUACGUCAAUGUAAGGGAUGGUUUGGAAAUGUCAUGUUCAACACCAAGGGUGUUCCCAUCGGGACAUUGUCAUGUAUCUGCUAAUUUUACUUUGGUGAGUGUGCAACCAUUUAACCCACACACGCAUACUCUGUGUGUGUUUGUGUAAGUCUUGUCUACCUCAAGAAAUUCCGUUAAACUUAACAAAAGAAGAAUCUUUAAUUAUACCAUCGUGUCUUAAAUAUAUAUGAAACGUAUUUUUGUCUAUUGUUUAAGUGUGUAAUGCUCAUUGUUUAAUCUUAAUUUAUUGUCAGUAUGAUAAAGUUUUAACUUGAUAUUUACAUUUCAGAUGUCGGAUACCAUAAUAAGAACAUCUGCAAGCCUGCUUCACGAUAAAAUACUGUACUUCUCUGUCAGUUGUACCUUAUUCAUUAAUGCGACUAGCAUGGGGCUAGGUGGGCAUAUCAUUAAAGCCACUAUAUACGCAAAUGUGACAGGACAAGUGAGUGAUAUCGAUAUGUAUGGAACGUUCACAUCAAAAACGUUCUAUCUGGGUAGGUUGGCCAAUCAUAACGUGAUGACUGUGUUCAUUUAUAUACAUAAUCGCUCGAAUUAUUUCCAUAUUUUUCUAUGUCAUUGUCUUUCAACUACACCCAUAGUCAUCAGAUAUUAACACAGUGUUUGUGUAUAUGUCUACUUUUUGUGUCUAUCAUAAAGCGUUUAAUGUAUUUUAUGUAGCAAAUGCUCUGUAUAAUUAUGUUUAAUCUUUUAAAGAAACGCCAGUUGUAAGUCUAGCCAGAUGUCCAAAGUCAAUUGAAGAAGGAAAGAAAGUGAACUGUACAUGUGAGAGGGGCGAUACAAGUUUUGUUAAUGUGUCUUUGGGGUGGUAUCACCCAGACAAUGACGAAAGAGUCGCAGAUGAAACUUACGAAUUCAUUGCCCACCUAAAUCAACCAGGUACAAUGUCAUGUAAAAUUGUAUUUAUUUUGUUUCACUCUUCUAUGGGCAUUGGUAUAAAAAAGUACGGUUUUAUAAUAUGCGCGAUUUUAGAAAACCCAUGAAAAAUAUUGUAUACAAAGACACAGCCAAUAAACUGAGAAAAGAUACAACCGGGUUUUCCUUUACACAUUACGAUGCAGAAAUUCAGGACAUCACUGAAAAGUACAGGACAACAAGAGGAGAGGUGGAACCGUGAAAGAUGUAUUAUGUUCUGAUGGAAAUGGGCAAAUAAAAAGAUUAAUCAAAUAAGCUCGCGAACCUGUUCAAAGUUCGACUAGUUCCAGCUUUGAUUCCCUUAGCGUUAAUUACAGUAAACAUAGAAUCGGGGGGAAAAUGUCUUCUCGCUUGUGGCUAUAGGCAUUUUUUAGUUGGAAUAAAAAAAAUAAAUAAAUUAAGUAAACAUUGUUAUCUAGCUACAUCACGUUUUGGGUAUUUCGCGUCCUGAAAUCUUCACUUGAUUUUUUCUUAGCAUAACAUAUUUUUUGAUACUUUCGGGAUUUUGGCGAUAUGCAUUAUACUUUUUAAAACAAGCAUUUUCUAUCCUAAAAUAUAAAAAUGAUAUAAUACAACAUUAUUUAAGGUUGUUUGAAGGGUUCAUAAAGCUUGAUAUAAUAUACAAAUGGCAUAAAAUAGCCUUCUUCGAAUUUUGCUGCAGGGUGGCUCGGUACUUAAGCCCAGAGUCAUCCGAGGUACUAAUGUAUUACUACUUUAUGUUUAGGUUUUCGUUCCUGAAAAUACAAGACAGUAACAGUGUUUUCCACCCUGACUCUCAAGAUACACAGGGCGGUCUUUUUUAAAAUAUUUGUUUGUUAUAUCUAAUUAACGAAAGUCUUUAUGUCUAUCUCUUUUAAAUGUCGUUAAUUUGUCAUUCGCAUUUUCAUUUGGAAUCUGAUCAUGUAAUAAUACGUCUUAAUUUUAUUUCAUAAUUUUACACCAGCCUACUAUUGCCAGUCACAAAACAAUAUUGGAUGGACAAGUAAACGUGUCUAC